GAAAUAUUUGCUAGUUUGUGCAUAUUAUAGAAAGUGAGCGUUGAAAUCGGCAUUCUAAUGAAGUAGUAUGCAGGAAACGCUGGGAAACUUUGAAGAUCAAAAGGUAAUGGCGCAAAUAACUCCUGUAGAGCGGAUUGACCACGAUAAGUUUGGAAGCAACGAGGAAAACGAGCUUAGUUGGGAAGACAGACACUACAUACCGAGGAGAACAGAUGAGCGGUUCGGCUCUGAGGGCCGUCGGGCCACUGCUGCAGAGGUGGACCCAAAGGCAGCUCUUCAAAAAUUGAUGAAUACCCGUUCAGGUGGAACUUACGUGCCUCCUGCAAAAUUAAGAGCUCUUCAGGCUCAAAUUACUGAUAAAAAUUCACAAGAAUACCAAAGGUUACAAUGGGAGGGCUUGAAAAAGUCGAUUAAUGGGCUUGUUAACAAAGUGAACAAAUCUAAUAUUAAGGAGAUUAUUCCCGAUUUAUUCCAAGUAAACUUAAUCAGAGGACGUGCUCUGUAUUGCCGAAGUAUAAUGAAAGCGCAGGCUGCUUCGCUCCCGUUUACUCCAGUCUAUGCUACAAUGACAGCUGUAAUUAAUACGAAACUUCCGCAAGUUGGAGAGUUAUUGCUAACACGUCUUAUAAUUCAAUUUCGCAAGUCAUUCCGUAGAAACGAUAAAACGAUGUGCAUAAGCUCAACUACCUUUAUUGCUCAUCUAAUCAACCACAAGUUAGCUCACGAAAUUGUUGGCUUACAGAUUCUUGCCGUUCUCCUAGAAAGACCCACGGGUGAUUCAAUUGAAGUGGCGGCCGGUUUUCUUCGCGAAGUUGGUGCUUACCUCUCCGAUAUUUCAUCUAGAGCGUUCAAUGGCAUAUUUGAAAGGCUUCGUACGAUAUUACAUGAAAAUCAACUUGAACCUCGUGUUCAAUUCAUUAUUGAGGUACUAUUUCAGGCACGAAAAGAAAAAUUUAAAAAUAAUCCUACUAUACCUAGUGAGCUUGAUUUAGUUGAAGAGGAGGAUCAGAUUACUCAUUUCAUUAGCUUGGAUGACGAAUUGGAUGUGCAGGAAUCCUUAGGAAUCUUCCAUUUCGAUCCUGAUUAUGAAGAAAAUGAGUCAAGAUACGGCUUUAUAAAGCGUGAGAUUUUGGGAGAGGAUGAAGAAUCUGAGGAAGAAGUAGGUAGCGAUGAAGAAUCUGCGGAUGAAGUAGGUAGCGAUGAAGAAUCUGAGGAUGAAGAACCUGCUGGACAGGUACAGCCUAAAAUUGUCGACCAAACGAAUACGAAUAUCGUUAAUUUAAGGAAAUCUAUUUAUCUCACAAUCAUGUCUUCAGUCGACUUUGAAGAAUGUUGUCAUAAACUAUUAAAAGUACAAUUACCGGAAGGUCAGGAAAUUGAGAUGUGCAACAUGAUUAUUGAAUGCAAUAGUCAAGAGAGAACUUACGAAAAAUUUUAUGGUUUGAUUGGUGAGCGUUUCUGCAAGCUUAAUCGAACGUGGCGCACAACCUUCGAACAAACUUUUAAAAAUUAUUAUACCACCAUCCACAGAUAUGAGACAAAUCGAUUACGGAAUAUCGCUUUGUUUUUCGGAAAUCUUUUAAGUACCAAUUCCAUACCAUGGUCUGUGUUCGAAUGUGUUCGAUUAACUGAAGACGACACCACCGCAUCGUCACGUAUCUUUUUAAAAAUCUUAUUCCAAGAAUUGCAGGAAGCAAUCGGUCUAAAAACAUUGAUAAACAGAUUUCAUGAUCCAGAAUUGGUCCCCUAUCUUCAUGGAAUGUUUCCUACAGAUGAAGCUCGCAAUGUUCGAUUCUCUAUUAAUUAUUUCACUUCUAUUGGUUUAGGAACUUUAACUGAAGAAAUGAGAGAAUAUUUGUUGACAAUGCCUGUGCCGAAACCCGAUGAUGUAUCCGACGCUGAAAGCUAUACGUCUGGGUCUUCGUAUUCACGUUCUCGCUCACCGUAUUCAUCAGAUUAUUCUCGUAGCAGAUCUCCUUCUCGCUCUAUUAGCCCGUCGAGAUCUAGGAGUCGGUCAUAUUCUGUUUCUGAUGCCGAGAGAAGUCUUAGUAGAACACGACUUCGAGAAGGUGAUUCCGACCGUGGUAGAAGUGGAUAUCCUCACCCAGAUAGAAGCCGUUCUUACUCAAAAUCUUCAUAUUCCAGUAACGGAGAUUCGAGGUCUAGAUCACGAAGCCGAUCACAUUCUUACGAUUCUAGGCGACAAAGAUCGCGUUCCCCGACACCUGUAGGAAGGAGGUCACCUUACUCAACAUACCGACCAUCGGAUCGUUAUAGAGGUCGUGCUCGUAGAAGAUCAAUGUCUAGGUCAAUGAGUCCAAUUAGUGAACGAAGCUACUCACGUUCAUUAAGCCGAGGAAGGUCUUAUUCUCGAUCGGUCUCUCCCCGUAGAGAUAAAUAUUCUUCGCAUCGCAGGUAUCGUUCGCGGUCUAUUUCUUAUUCUCCUUCGCCUCCUAGAUAUACACGACGUCGUUCAUUUUCACCUUCUCCUAAUCGAAGAACGAAAAGAGUCAGAGAAUUGGAUUACAAUCGAAGGUCUAUCCCCGGGGUAAAUGAGAGAAGUAGAUCACCUUCGCCAUUUACAUUGCGGAAGAUGAAGACUUAUGAGUUUCAAAAUGAAAAAAAUACUACGAAACGCCGAAUGGAAAGACCUCCAAAGAGCGACAAUAGUCAACUGGAAGCUCCUUGGUUACAACAUUCAGUUGAUGAUAACAGGCACAAAUAGAGAAAAACAUCUAUGUAAAUAAUGAAGAUACUUUAAUUAUAUUAGAUAGGGAGUCGUUUCAAUACAUGUUUGAGAAGUUUUUUGAUACUCGUACAAUAAAUCAC